GAUGGCUGCGCGCACAGGGUUGGUGAAACAACUCCACUGUGCAUUUUUAAACACGAAAUUAAGCAUAUUAUCGACAGGCUCAAGAAGAUAUUCGGCGCGAUCCUAUUCGCAAGCUAAUAAAGAGUUCACUUCUAAAAGAGUACGCCAGAAGUUUAUCGACUUUUUCAGGGUGGGUUACGAACACAGAGUGGUGCCGUCCUCCCCCGUACGUCCGAGGGGAGACCCGAGCCUCCUGUUCGUCAAUGCAGGAAUGAACCAGUUUAAGCCCAUUCUCCUGGGCUGCGCAGACCCCCGCAGUGAGAUGGCAUCAUACCGGCGCGUGGUGAACAGUCAGAAGUGUGUCCGUGCUGGAGGCAAACACAACGACCUAGAGGACGUGGGGAGGGAUGUGUACCAUCACACCUUCUUCGAGAUGUUGGGAAACUGGUCAUUUGGAGAUUAUUUUAAGGUGGAGGCAUGUGCAAUGGCUUGGCACCUUUUAACAGAAGAAUAUGGCAUUCCCACCGAAUGCCUGUAUGUCUCGUACUUUGCUGGAGAUGCAGCAAGUGGUCUCCCUGCCGAUGAGGAAACUCGGCAGAUCUGGCUCAGCAUGGGAGUACUGCCAGAUCAUGUAUUGCCGUUUGGAAUGAAGGAUAAUUUCUGGGAAAUGGGCGAGACGGGACCGUGUGGCCCCUGCACUGAGAUUCACUAUGAUCACAUCGGGAAUCGGAAGGCUGCCUCGCUGGUUAAUGCGGACAGUCCAGAUGUGGUGGAGAUCUGGAAUCUAGUAUUUAUGCAGUAUAACAGGGAGGGGGAUGGCAGCCUGCGAGCUCUGCCCCAGUGCAGUGUGGACACUGGGAUGGGUCUAGAGCGACUGGUGACUGUGCUACAGGGGAAACGCUCCAAUUACGACACAGACCUCUUCACACCUCUAUUGUCUGCCAUCCACCAGUGCUCUAAGGCUCCUGCAUAUCAGGGCAGGACCGGAGAGGCCGAUAAGGGUCGGGUGGACAUGGCCUACCGGGUCGUGGCGGACCACAUUCGCACGCUCUGCGUGUGUAUCGCUGACGGAGUUUACCCAGGCAUGAACGGUGCUGAGUUGGUGUUAAGGCGUAUACUGAGACGUGCUGUGCGGUUUUCUGCAGAAGUGUUGCAGGCACCUGAGGGGGCGCUGGCAAGCCUGGUGCCUACUGUAGCACAUAUACUGGGUGAUGCCUAUCCAGAGCUGAACACGGAGUCUGAGAUGAUCAUGGAUCUGAUUAAUCUGAACGAAGCUCAGUUCCUGUCCUCACUGAAGCAGGGCAGGAGAGUGAUUGACAGGACGAUGUGCAAUAUGGACAGAGACACAGCUGUUUUUCCAGCCUCAGUUGCCUGGUCGCUGCAUCGUAACCUGGGCUUUCCUCUCGACCUCAUUGAUCUGAUGCUGGAGGAGGGAGGCAAGAGGGUGGAGAAAAAAGAAAUGAAGGUUCUUGAAGAUGAAUACGAGAAGUUGAGGUGUCAGUCGGAGGAGGAGGAUGGGAACAGAGUGGACCAGCUGGAUGUCCAUAGUCUGGCAGAGCUGCAAAACCAAGGAGUUCCUCACACAGACGACUCGCCGAAAUAUUGCUACACCUUGGGGCCGGAUGGACGAUAUGUGUUUCAAACUUGCAGAGCAUCAGUCGUGGCACUAUACAUUGGAGGGACUCUGGUGUCAGAGGUGGGUGAGGGUCAGCGCUGUGGUGUUAUUCUGGACCGGACCAGCUUCUACGCAGAACAGGGAGGACAGGCACAUGACCAAGGUUACUUCACCAAGGACGGACUACAGGAUGUUCUGUUCCCCGUAGAGUGUGUCCGUCUGGCGGGGGGUUACGCUGUACAUCAGGUCACUGCAGUAGAGACUGUAAGAACUGGAGAUCAAGUGCAGCUUCAUCUGGAUGAGGCUCGGCGUCUGGGCUGCAUGGUGAAGCAUACUGCCACACACAUGCUAAACUUCGCUCUGCGAGAGCUGCUAGGUCCUUCUGUUAACCAGCGAGGCUCUCAUGUUACCGCCAAUCGCCUCCGCUUCGACUUCAGCAUCAAGGGUUCUCUGAGUGUGUCUCAACUGCAACAAGUUGAGGAGUUGGUGCUGAACAUUAUUAAGCAAAAUGCAGACGUGCACAUAGAGGAGGUCCCUCUGUCCAGAGCGAAACAGAUUGCAGGACUGAGAACAGUAGAUGAGGUGUAUCCAGACCCAGUGCGAGUGGUGUCCGUGGCUGUGCCUGUUUCAGAUCUGCUCACCUCAAACAAAGACAAACACUCUUCUGUGGAGCUCUGCUGUGGCACGCAUUUAUUGCGGACAGGACAAAUUAUGGAUCUUGUCAUCGUGUCUGAGCGACAGAUGGUGAAAGGCAUCAGCCGUAUCAUUGCCGUUACUGGAGACGAAGCCAAAGAGGCUCGGGAGGCGGGCCGAGCUUUACAGGACAAGGUGGAGUCAUUGGCAGCCCGUGUAGGUGUUGACAACACCCUCUCUCUAUCAGCAGCACAGAGGUUCUCCAAAGAGGUCGGCCUCCUCACAGAUGCCGUUGAGAGCACACCUAUCCCACAGUGGCAGAGAAGGGAGCUGCAGACUCGCCUGAAAGCUCUGCAGAGGAGCACCAACACCAACAUCAGAAAACUUGAGAUCAGAGAGGCUGCCCUGAGAGCAAAGGAGCUGAUGGACAAACACUCCAAUAAAACUGUGCUGGUUGACUUAGUCCAGACAGACUCCAUAUCGGUUUUAAUGAAGACUGUGAACCAGUUGAGUAAGAACACUCCAGAUUCUCUGGUCAUGUUGCUGUCUCACCUGCAAACAUUAGGGAAGGUGCUGUGUGCCUGCCAAGUACCCAAGGACUGUACUAGUGUUUCAGCAAGCGAGUGGGCUCUCUCAGUGUGUUCGCGUUUGGGAGGAAACGCAGGUGGAUCCAACGUGGUCGCUAAUGGUGUCGGCAAUGUGACAGAUGUCACUGAUGUAACAGAGAUCCUGCGCUGGGCUGAGGAAUUGGCUCUCAACAAAACCAGAAACUGGAAAAACUAAAACUUUUAGUUAAAUAAAGAUUAUAACUGGAUUGGUUGAGGAGGAAAGAUAAACCCCAAACCAGUGGCAUAGUACAAUGGAUCUGCUUUAUGAAAAUGCUUAAAUCAACCUUAAAAUAUUGGAAGAUCGACACUUAAUAUAUAUAAAAGGGAGUUUUGUUAACCUGGUCCUUUGUUUUAAAAGGCUACCUACUGUAUAUAUUUCAUUGUAAAUGUUUUGAGGGUGGGGUUGUGUUUUGAGAUUAAA